AUGAAUUACACCCUCCAGGCGUCUAUCCCGGGAUCUCUCAGCCUCGCUCUCGGCUACAACAGCAACCGCAUCCAGCACCCCCACAGCUUCACCGUCGAGCUGGACCAGACCCUCGGCAACGUCAGCAACAUCACCACCAGCCUCGAGCAGCGCUCCUGCCUCUCCACCAUCCUGCUGACCAUGGUGCUGGCGGUCAUCGUGCUGCUUACCAUCAGUGGUAACGUGCUGGUCAUCGCGUCCGUGGUGCUCAACGCCAACUUGAGAACCACCACCAACUACUUCAUCGCUAAUCUCGCCAUUGCUGAUCUCCUCCUGGGGACGACGGUGCUUCCGUUUUCUGCCACGUUGGAAGUUUUACAGUACUGGGUGUUUGGCCAGAUAUUUUGUGACGUGUGGGCGGCCAUUGAUGUCCUGUGUUGUACGGCCUCCAUCUUGAGCCUGUGCGUCAUCAGCAUUGACAGAUACAUUGGCGUGACCAGACCCCUGCAACAUGCACGCAUCAUCCGACACACGCGAGCCGUCUACAUCAUCAUCUUCGUCUGGCUCCUCUCCAUGGCCAUCUCGGUGGCCCCCCUCAUCGGCUGGAAGGAGGAAUCAAACCCCGACCCCCGGGUCUGCACGGUGACCACCCAGCCCGGGUACGUCCUCUUCUCCGUGGCCGGGUCCUUCUACAUCCCGUGCUUCAUCAUUCUCGGUGUGUACUUCCGGAUUUACCGCGAAACGGUCAAGUACACCAAGUGCCUCAUGUCCGGCGCUAAACUCGCCAAAGUGGACGAGGAGAACGUCGUGUCCUUGAGGAUCCAUACAGGUCGGUUAGUGUCCACGUCAUCCCAGCAGGACCACUGUCACGUCGACGUGCCCGAGGAAGAGAUGAGCGCCCUGGGGUACGGGAAACUGCCACGUCAGCUGGUGGACAAGGACAGCGGGAGGAAACGGAACAGCCGGCUAACCUUCUCCAACAAGGUGGCCAAGUUUAAACGCGAGAAGAAGGCGGCCAAGACGCUGGGGAUCGUUGUUGGUGUCUUCAUCACCUGUUGGCUGCCGUUCUUUGUCAUUCUGCCUUUAGACUCCCUGUGCCCCACCUGCUCCGUCCCGCCCCUCCUGUUCAAGCUGUUCUUCUGGCUGGGCUACUGCAACUCCACCAUGAACCCUAUCAUCUACACCCUCUCCAGCAACGAGUUCCGGCGCGCCUUCCUGGCCAUCCUCUGCUGCCGGAAGUGCCGGUCCCGGCCCCGGGUGUCCCUGACGGAGCUUCAGCUCCGAGCUAAAUCCAGCUGCAGACAGCGACGCGUGGCGCACAGACAGCAUUACAAACAGCCCGGCAAGCAGCAGGAUAUCGACACGGCGUCGGUGAUGACCCACACGGGGGACAUCAGUCUGGAAUCUUCCGUCAAAUCAAACGGAAGUCGUCACCAGCUGUCGCAAGGCAGCUCCUGCUCCAACUGUCACAACAAAUGUCACUACCAGAUCGCGGUGACGACUUUCAGACACGACAUGACAUUCAGGCACGACGUGUCCGUGGUGACGUCUACCGAUGACGUCAUCCGUCAGCCGUGCGGUAGAACUGACCCCCGGGCGAUGAUGGUCUGCCAGGAUACGAACUACGACACGGGUCAGACCCUGGUCCCGUCUUCAGAGAGUUCUAUUACGUUAUCCUCGCCGACAGACUCACCAGAACGGUGCCUUCCAGCCUGCAGCCACCAGAUCUACCUGACCAAGGCACCAAACGGACUCUGUGUGGACACCGCUCAAGGUUACCUUAACAGUGACAAGGUCACGCGGCUCUCGUGUUAUUCAUUGGCUGAGACAGUUUCGUGCAGCGAUUGA